UCUGCAAUAUUUUCUUUCCUUCUUUCCGUCAUGACGACUCCACACCCUUGCAGCAGUCGGCCUCUUCGUCAAAUUUUAUUUGUGCCGUUUUGGUUCUGUACUGGUACCCGGCAGUCAUUGUUCCCUUGAUCUGUAGCAGUCAUAUUGUCUUUCGUUAUCUUUCGUUAUCUCCUUUCUAUUUGCCUUCAACUCCUCGCCUGCGCAUAUAGGAAGGCAUGACCAUCGAAUUCACUCCUUUGCCGCUGCCCGACUCUGCAGAAGCGUCCAAUUUCCUCUCGUUUGGGCGUCAAGUGACGGGCUUUGACCCGACCAACUUUACCGCUGAGGAAUUCGCGACGAUUGAGGAUGCCCUUUACAAGCACGACCUCUUGCUUUUUCGCAAUGUUGAUCUUUCACCAGAGAAGCAGUACAUGCUCAACAGGGCUUUUGAAUCAGACGACCCAGCGUGCGACGACUUUGGGCACGGUAACAACGAGAUAGACAAGAACAAGAAUUCAAUCUUACAUCCUGACCUCAAGACCAUCCCUCGUGUACCACAAAUACAGCUUCUCGGUAACGGGACCAUAUACAACCACGAAGGCAUCACCCACGCUACGCUCAAGCAUCCUUCCCACACAACGUUUCACAAGACUCGUGUAUCUCCGGUAGACGAAGCUAAAGGAACGACCCGUUUCUUCAGAUGGCACAUCGAUGCCGCCCUCUACGACCGACGCACCCCCAAGGUCACCACUCUAUACGCUAUCAACGUGCCAAAAGGCCCUAAGCAGACGUGUCGGUAUGACGACGGAACGGGUGACGAGCUACCUGUGCCUCUGGGUACCACCGCCUUUGUGUCCGGCAAAACUAUGUUCGACAUCCUCCCUUCCGAGCUCAAGAGUCUCGCCGUGCGCUCCAAAGCCAAGUACGCGCCUCUUCCGUACGUGUGGAUGGCCCCGGCGCAUGCAGUGUCGACAGGUUUGGGAUUGGAAUCAGAAGAUCUGGAGAUCCCAUACGAUCAGCUCCCGCCGUGGGAGGAGGCUAAGCGGAUGGUACUUCCCGUUCUAUGGAAGAACCCAGUUACGGGCGAGCUCCAUCUGCAGGUUCAUCCAUGCGGUGUGGUGGAGCUGUUGGUUGACCCGAUACCGGAAGGUGGCGGGAAGGAAGGCGUGUUAUACCCGGAUGGGGUCCAUCUCACGGAUUUGAAGGCGAUCAGGGAGUUGCUGUACGAGAUGCAGCGACCGGGCAUUGCCCCAAAGCUCGUUUAUCCGCACGACUGGAAUGAAAGAGAUGUCGUUCUCUUUCAUAAUCGAGGGGUCUUGCAUAGUGUCGUGGGCGCGUUCAACAAGGAUCAGAUCCGCACACUCCAUCAAUGUAAUCUUGUCGCGUCUGAUAAUCCUUCGGGACCAACUACCGAGGAUGUGAAGAAGUGGUCAUGAAAGAGAUCGGGCUGGUUUGCUUGUCGACACUGAACACCUUGUCUUUACUUUCAGCAGCAAUGGGACCGUUUCAUGCACUUGGAUGACUUGCCAAGGUUUCGAUUGCUCUGGGCAUCAAUCUCAAUGGUACCGGUGCAACUGAAGCGCAGCCCGUCAAAUUGUCAAUGGUAUUGAGCGUCUACCGAUCACCUGCAACCUCAGAAGAUUCUCCACCUCAUAGAUACGCUGUGCUCCUCUUCGGGUUUCUCGACUGUCGCACAACUUGUUAAUACAUUGACUGCGAUAAUCAACUUUGACAGUACCUUGACUGAGAGCGCUGGAUUCGGGCUCCCCACCGCU